AUGAUUACGCAUAUUGUGCUGUUCAAGUACCGCUCCGACAUCACAUGGUCGGAUUUUGAGAAGCACUUUGAGUCUUUCAUGGCUCUGAAGACGACAUCGCUAAAUCCGAAGACUGGGAAACCAUUGAUCAAGAGUUUGAAAGCUGGCAAGAAUCGAUCUUGGGAGCCAUUCAACAGAGGUUUCACCCAUGGCUUUGUCCUGGAGUUUGAGAACCAAGAUGACCUGGACUACUAUCUCACCAAAGAACCAGUUCAUAUCGCGUUCUCGAAAAGUGCUGGUCCGUUGAUGUAA